AUGUCUAGCAGUAAAGGAAUAACUGAGGACGAAUGUUACCGAAUUUUAUUUGAAGAAAUAUCUUCUAGUGACAGCAGUGUUGACAGUGAUGGUAGUGAUGGAAAUGACCCCACCACAUUCACGACAAGCUGUGCAAGUUCUAGUCUUGUGUGCAAUCGUGUGGUUCUAAAUUUAAGCAGUUCUCUUCAUGGAAAGAAUCAUGUUAUUUUCAUGGACAAUUAUUUUACAUCAUAUGAUCUCUUCAAGGACCUAAAAUCCAAUGGUGUGUACGCUUGUGGAACAAUAAAUCCCAGAAUGAAAAACAUACCAAAACUCAAGGAGGAAAAGGAACUGGAAAGAGGGAAAUUCGAUUACAAAAUAAGCAAUGAUGGCAUAGUAAUCUAUAGAUGGAAAGAUAACAGGGCAGUCAACUUGAUUUCAACAUGUAAUUCACCAUCAGAUGUGUCCACACUAACUCGAAAAAUGAAAGAUGGAACAAUAACCAAUAUCACUUGUCGAAUUGUAUUGAGAGACUACAAUUCCAGUAUGAACUAUGUGGAUAAUUUUGAUCGACUAAAGUCAGACUAUGCUAUUGAAAGAAAAAGCAAGAAAUGGUGGAUGAGAUUGUUUCUUCACUUUUUAGACUGCAGUGUGACAGACGCGUCCAUUAUGCACAAAGAAAUCGAAAUGGAGCAGUUCUCCAAUAAAGACUUCCGUCGAGAGGUGUACAAAAUCUUGUUGGCUCCGAAAAUAGUUUCAGUGACAGCUAAUUUUGCUUCUGUGUCCCAAAGUAGUAUAGCAACCUAG